AUGAAGUCCUUCACUGCCAUCACUGCGGUGGUGCUCGGAGCUGCUGCUCGAGUAGCUAAUGCUCAAGGCUUCGUUUCCAACUGCACCUGGCAGACUGGCUUCAUGUCGGACAAUUACCUGGGAAUGUACUGCAACAACAACAACUGGGCCGAGUACAGCUACGACUGGACUUGGCUCGACACCAACGUUUGCCUAACCAACUACGGUGGCAAGCUCUACCCCUACGUCAGUGGAAGCUACUGGUCUACCUGUGGCAACUGCGCGGUUCGCGGGAGCAACGUCGACUUCAUCCUGACUUGUGACUGCCUCAAUGGGCAAGGCCGUUUCGCCUCUUCUACCUACGAUCUCAAUCGUGUUAUCUGGAAUCACGACGGUGUUCUAGGCUGCUUCAACCACAUCGGAAACAAGACAGAGAAGGGUCCAUUCUAGUCUAGAAUACUACUCGACUAUGUGAUAUACGCCAGGCUUCAAUUUAGAAUACGUGAUACCCAUGUCCGUAUUAUCCGUGUGCUAAGAAGUUUCGAGGAAUAGGGAGGCCGUGGCGAUGAACUGCCCAUGUAGUAGAUUAGCUUAUGAUAUAGUCACGCCUUACUAGGGCUGUGGUGCUUUGACUUCAAUUCAUUGCGAUACGAUUUGGUACAUACGUCCCACAGAUAGCAUCCUCAUACAAUACGUGCUUCUCAGGCUACUAAUUAUGCAGAGCAGAAUAUAUGGCUGAUUCCCUUUUGCACUCAUACUUACAGCACCUCGGAGUCAC